ACAAAGUGACAGAUUGCAAGCUGUCAAAGCGUCGUGCUGCUCAAGGUCCAUACACUGCUUGCGGUGUGCUAAUGUUCGUGCGUGACUAUCCGAGAGCCUAUCCGAAAUUGCAGUUAGCACCGUGGAGAAAAAUGCUUUCCUUUUUUCGUAAGAAAACGGUAGAAAAUCUGCCCGUGGCACCGUCGAACAGCGUUUUCGGCCCAACGUCGGCGUCGAAAGAAGCGUUCGGCCCAACGAUACAGAACCUUGGCUACAGGAACAUCAGUGACCUGAAGGAAACGAUAUACGGGUUUUUGCGGACGAUCCGGGAUCCGGAAAAACCGAACACACUCGAGGACCUGCACGUAGUGUACGAGGAUGGAAUAUUUGUCACUGAACCCGCGCCCGGUCAAUCGCUCCUGGUACGGAUAGAAUUUAACCCGACCGUUCCGCACUGUUCCUUGGCCACGCUGAUUGGGUUGUGCAUACGAGUCAAAGUACAGCGCAGCCUCAGCCACUACGCCAAGCUGGACAUCUACAUCAAAAAGGGUGCACAUGCAACGGAAGACGAAAUUAACAAGCAGAUCAACGAUAAGGAGCGAAUAGCGGCGGCAAUGGAGAAUCCGAACCUGAAGGAGCUGGUGGAGAAUUGCAUUAAAGACGAGGAUUGAAAUGCCGAACUCUUCUCAAUCAGAUAGAAAACCUUGUGCAGUGCUUGCCGGCACUUGUGAACCUACCUUUUUGCUCGUUAAAAUAAAUAUUUUUCAUACAAUUCAAUGUCGUAUUCUCAAGUGGUUUCAUACAAUUUGGUAUCAAAAUCAAAAAUUCGAGCGAUACAGACGACUGAAGUUAACAAAAUGAAACGGUAGGGAACACAUUUUUCCAUUUGUGCGGUAUUUGUGCAUGAGAUCGUUUCGAAUCGUUUUCGUUAACUGGUCAUUGACAUUGGAGAUGGUAUUUAGUCGGGACCGGUCGGGAUAUUAUCGUUUCUGGCAAUGUAGUAGUGGACUUUUUACACAAAAGGUUGCAAGUUAGUAUAUCGUGUAGAGGCCAAAACUGGAAGCAAACACGAAUCGGUUGAAGCUGCUUUCAUCUCUUUCUAUAAUCAUCAUAGUGCACAUAGUUGUAUCUAAGCUCUGUAAAAUAAAGCUAUACUAGGCAGUUGCACCCGGCAUCGAGAUUAGUUUCAUUUGAACAUCCGGUGAAAGAACAUCUCUAGAAAGAGCUCUGGCAGCCUUUUCAAUUGUUAAAAAGCUAACCCGAAAUAACCUUUAUCCUUCUGUAACGAACCGCGCUGAAACCACGUGUUUUAACAAAAGAAGUGAAACCCUGGUGCUAAUAGUGCAUAAAAUAUUUCUUCUUAAU